GCUCAUUCCUCGUUAAAAUGUCAAUAAUCGUGAAUCACUGCUAACAUAUCCCCUCUCCUUUUACCUCUUCACUUCAUCCUCCCUAUAUCCGCAUAGAGCCCAUCCAUCCUCUCUUCCAGCCCAUUGAGGCCCGGUGGGCCAUCGGCCUCCAAGAAGUCCAUACGUCUAUUCACCCCCCUGAUUGUCUCCUUCUGGGCCUCCUCAAAAAUUGAUGAAAUAUGAUCUCUUUGUCUCUGGGGUUCUCCGGGUAUCCGUCCCUCAAUUGAUAUAGUUUUGGUCCUCAUAGAAGUCUGGGUUCCCGGGAGCCAGAUAGAUGCCAUCCGGGUUGAUAAUACAAUGUAUGGAUCGCCCCAACAGUGGCGUAUCUUAAAUAGCUCCCUUUAUUGUAGCGUCAACUUAGGGGGUUAUCCUUCCAAAACCACUAUCACAAGGGCUCCCUUCUCAAAUAUCUUACUGGUCCUCGACUUAUGGCGUUACCGUCCCUUACAGAGACACCCGGGAGGAUCUCAGUGGGACUGUACCCCAAGCUCUUUAUGCGUCGGCUACCUAUUCAUACUCCUUAGGACCCCCCCCAUGCUCUUUUCCCACCGCUCCGGGUUGUGGACAGCCUUGUUGAGUGCGGAUUGCACACGGGCAGCACAAGCGUGUAAGCCUCGCAAAGCCGAGUUUAGAGUGAUGUCUUAUGGCGCCGCGGGAAUUGAAUGGUUUCUACGGAGCAGCUGCAAAGGCCUGGUGGAGACUUUUGCUUGGCAGGUAUUGCCGCCAGGUUUUGCAGGGGGGUGCUGUCUCGUGGAGGGGCACGUGACAGCCUACCAGAUUGCGCCUUGCUCUCGGGCUCGGGAGCCACGGAAUGGACGGAUGUCCGACACUUGGACAGUGGGGCGCAAUACAAGGCUUUGAGUGAUCAGACCCUUGCCGCAUCAUUUCCGUCAUCACCGCGCGUUUCGUGGUUUCUUGUCUUCUUCCUCCUGAUCUGUUGUUCGAAUCUCGUGCCCUUCUCCUACAACCUGCUGCUCACGUUCCGAGAGUGAGAGAGGAUAGCGUCUACGCGUGCGAAAGUCGAGCCCAGACACCGCC